AUGUCGGCCGCAGAAGAUAUAGAGGAGCCGCCACCUCCCAUCACGGUCCUUCUCUUGAGGUCUCCGGUGUCCAUGUCCAAAGGCACAGAUCCAUACCAUGACGCUUUUGGCUCCUUCUGUCUGCCAUCCUUCGCCUCGUCCGCGCUCGAGUCCGGGGCUUCAACACCGCUUCCAAGCCUAUCCAUAGGGCCCAAGUCGUCAUUAGCUUCCACCACUGAUAAUGGUGCACUUGAUCUCAUCAAGACUGCUCUCACGCAGCAAGCUGCUGCCGCCAACCAGUCUGAAUCUUUAUCAGAUCAGCCAGCAUCCGCAUCCGCAUCCGCAUCCGCAUCCGCAUCUUCAGCUUUACCAGUCUCACCAACAGGAAGACGCAAAGGCAAAUUCAUCCAGGAUCAGCGGCGACUCAUGACGCAUCAUCUCUCCUAUCCCUCAGAUGCGAGCGGCAAGGAGGUCGAGAUGGAAUACUGCGUCACUUCCUUCCCUAUCCUUGCUCACAAGUUUGUCAACCAGGAUCGGUUCGUCGAUCGUCUCUUGUAUGGAUCUCCUGCCCAAGGAGUUGUUCAUGGCAACGCCUACCGUGGCAUGAUCGUCACUAGCCAAAGAGCGGUGGAGGCAUACGUUUCAGCCGGUGUGAAAGCUCAGGAGGUUCUUCGAAACAACAACAAGACUUCGAGUAGCUCUCCAACACAAUGGAACCGCGUUCCCUUCUUUGCUGUCGGUCCUGCCACCUCUUCAGCGCUUCGCGCAGUGCCAUUGGCUCCAUGGCUGCGACCACGUCUAGUCAUGGGAGGAGAAGCUACAGGGACAGGAGAGACCCUGGCUCGAUACGUGAUCCGUCACUUGUCAACACCUUGCAUCCUGCAUCACAACUCGGACCUGCACACAGCAGAGCAAGCACCGCCGCUUCUGUAUCUUGUCGGCGACAAGAACGCUUCCACCAUUCCAGAUAUUCUGUCCCAGGCUUCGCCGCCAACGGGUCCAAUAGCCUUCGAAGAGCUUCAAGUAUACGAGACAGCUCCAGAUCGGCACUUUGCUGAAGGAUGUCAAGUGCUCGCCAAGACGCUCCCUUCCCUAGUCUCUAGACCCCCCAGUCGACGGCCGAGUCAUGGCAGCAUGUAUUCUCGUCUUCCAGGUAGCAGACGCCCUAGCGGUGGUAGUACGACGUCCAUCGACCAUGCCAUCUCUAAAAGUGCCAUCCCCAAAAGUGCCAUUGCCAGUCGAAAGUCGAGUGUCGAAAAUCUUGGUGCCCGAGCUGGAGCAGACAUGGGAGGGAAUGCGACCAUCUCCUCGAUGCAGAACCUUAGCCAUGUUGCUUCGGUGGGCACACCGCUCGGCGUCAGCACCAUGACGUCUGCGACACCCAACGAGGCUAGCAAGACUCGCCUCGAGAGUCUGAGCGUUCCUGCAGCGCUUGGCGGCUCACCACAGAUGAUGGCUUCGUCUGCUACAAUCGAGCCAGAGGCAAUCAAUCCGAUCGAAGAAGAGUCGGUGCUCAAGAUGCUGCGAUUAAAGGCGAAGAAUGCCGAUACAGCGGGCAACAGCAACUUGAAACAGCGCAUUGCGAGACCAGAUUGGAUCGUCUUCUUCUCUCCGAGCGGUGUCAACUAUGCAUUGGAAGAGUUCAGAAGACGCAGAUGGAUGCCACCCAAACAAGAGUCGAAGCCCUCUGGCGACACUGAGACGGUCAACUCGAAGACGACAGUGACCUCUCACGCUUCUACAGAUGGUCGACGAUCGUCCAACAACAGCACCUCGAGAAAGUAUCCACGCAUCGCUGUCAUCGGAAGCACUACACGUGCAUGGAUGGUGGAGAAGCUCGAUAUUGAACCUGAUGCGGUAGCGGCCAAGCCAGGACCGAAGGAGCUCAAGGAUGCGAUUGAGGCGGUCGAGUUGCGUUUGCGUUGCAAGGCACCAUAG